GGUGUGGCGUGACCGCGUUGCUAGGGGUACAUGCAUGAACUGUGGCAACUUUGGCCACACGUCGAGGACUUGCCGCGGCAAGAAAGUCACAACGAAGGUAGCUUCACCAACGGUGGUGGGCUUAUCUUCGAACCCUGGGAGUGUUUCUGCGAGCAGCUCACAGGGAAACACCUCGGGCCAGUAGGAGUGUUAGCCGCUCUUACUCGCGCUGAAGUGGUAACGUUGCCUUCCCCACUUCAGGCGUUGGCCAAGGCUAGUGACCCACGUAUCGCCCCGCAGACACAUUCGGACCCACCGACGCUCUGUUCGAGAGAUGUGUCUGAGGCCCUAGAAGAGUUAGAGACUGAGUGGUCAGGAAAGGACCCAAGGGACUCUUGGGCGAUGAUGAGUGGAGGUCCAAAGGGUGAACAUUUCGUGGUAGAAGUAGAUGUAGGUGGCCGCAAGAUUGGCGCCUUCGCAAACACAGGCUCUACACGAAAUUUCAUCAGUCGUGCUUGUGUGGAUAGACUGCGCUUAGGGGACCAAGUGCAGCGGCUUAGCAGAACUGUAGCUUCUACGCUAGCCAACAAGCACAAGAUGGUAGUAAAAGACUAUGUCAAGGACGUAGCCUGUUCCUUCUCCUAUGGAGGAGGGGAGGUGAUCCACAAGAUCUCCUUCCUGGUUAGCGACGAACUACCAUUCGACAUGUUACUGGGCAUGUACUACCUCGAAGUCUCGCAACCACAAUUUGAUUGGGAUAGAAAGGUGUUGAUACACAAGUUGCCAAAUGGUAGGACCGUUAGGCUGCAAAAGUACAAGGCUAGUAGUCUAGUGGAGAACUACGGCUGCAUGUGCGCUUCGUCUUUCCAUAACUACUACAAGCAGAAUCGCGAGGAGGGCAUGUACCUAGUGUUUGUCUCUGAAAAGGUGGAGGUCCACGCGAUGAAUAGGAUCUUUCAUGACUACUUGGACAAGUUUAUCGUCGUGUACCUCGACGAUAUUCUCAUCUUCAGUAGGACUGUAGAGGAGCACGCUGAACACUUGAAAAUAGUGCUAGGUCUCUUAAGGCAGCACCAGUACAAGGUAAACUUGGAUAAAUUCGAGUUUGGUCGCACCAAGAUCUUGUACUUGGGUCAUGAAAUUUCAGCAGAUGGAUUGAGGCCGGAAGAUGCGAAAGUGGCCAGCAUACGUGACUGGCCCAGACCUCAAACUGUUACUGAGGUCAGAUCGUUUUUGGGGAUGAUGGGCUACUAUCUUCCGUUUGUGAAAAACUAUAGUACUAUAGCUUCCCCAUUGACAGAUCUAACUCGACUUGACACCCCUUGGGAGUGGAUUGAGGAGUGUGAAGCAAGCUUCAAGAAAUUGAAGUAUGCUCUGACACACUACGAAGUUCUCAAACUUCCUGAUCCUGACAAGCCGUUUGUUGUGACCACAGACGCUAGCCAAUAUGGCAUAGGCGCGGUCCUUGCGCAACAGGAAGGGCCCAAGUUGAGACCGAUCGAGUAUAUGAGCAAGAAGAUGCCAUCUCAGAAGUUGGCUAAGUCCACUUAUGAAAGAGAGCUCUACGCCCUGUACCGAGCGCUAGUUCAUUGGAGACAUUACCUCCUAGGAAG